CCCGGGAGGUAACGCCUCUGCCUGAGGGCUCCGCAUUCCUCCAGCCCGCCCCACCUUUGCUGUGGAAUAAGUGGGAACCCCUAAACUAGACAGUUCUCAGCCCUCCCGCAGACUUUCACCAAAAACUCCAGGACUAAAGGAGGCACAGGGUUACGCUGAAAAUCGGCUUGGGCCUCCCUGUAGCUUCUUUUCGUGAACCACCGGCCGAGCGCAAUCGAGGUUUUUGAAACAUGAAUCCUUCUCUCUUCCUGACUGCCCUUUGCUUGGGAAUAGCCUCAGCUGCUCCAAAACUUGAUCAAAAUUUAGAUGCACACUGGUACCAGUGGAAGGCAACACACAGGAGACUGUAUGGCAUGAAUGAAGAAGGAUGGAGGAGAGCAGUGUGGGAGAAGAAUAUGAAAAUGAUUGACCUACACAAUCAGGAAUACAGCCAAGGGAAACAUGGCUUCACCAUGGCAAUGAAUGCCUUUGGUGACAUGACCAAUGAAGAAUUUAAGCAGGUGAUGAAUGGCUUUCAAAACCAGAAGCACAAGAAGGGGAAAGUGUUCGAUGAACCUGUCUUUCUUGAAGUCCCCAAAUCUGUGGAUUGGACUAAGAAAGGCUAUGUAACUCCUGUGAAGAAUCAGGGUCAGUGUGGUUCUUGUUGGGCUUUUAGUGCUACUGGCGCCCUUGAAGGACAGAUGUUCCGGAAAACUGGCAAACUUGUCUCACUGAGUGAGCAGAACCUGGUGGACUGCUCUCGACCUCAAGGCAAUGAUGGCUGCAGUGGUGGCUUAAUGGAUAAUGCCUUCCAGUAUGUUAAGGACAACGGAGGCCUGGACUCAGAGGAAUCCUAUCCAUAUCUUGGAAGGGAAACAAACAGCUGUAACUAUAAGCCUGAGUGUUCUGCCGUCAAUGACACUGGCUUCGUGGACAUCCCUCAGCGGGAGAAGGCCCUUAUGAAGGCAGUGUCAACUGUGGGGCCCAUCUCUGUUGCUAUUGAUGCAGGCCAUACAUCCUUCCAGUUCUAUAAAUCAGGUAUUUAUUAUGAUUCAGACUGCAGCAGCAAAGACCUGGAUCAUGGUGUUUUGGUGGUUGGCUAUGGCUUUGAAGGAACAGAUUCAAAUAACAAUAAAUUUUGGAUUGUCAAGAACAGUUGGGGUCCAGAAUGGGGCUGGAAUGGCUACAUAAAAAUGGCCAAAGACGAGAACAACCAUUGUGGAAUUGCCACAGCAGCCAGCUAUCCCAUUGUGUGAGCUGAUGGAUGGUGAUAAUAGAGGACUUGAGGGCAGCAUACCUGGAGGAAUUUUAUCUUAAAACUGACCAAACCCUUAUUGUAUAAGAUAAGAUACUUGAACCAUUGAGGAUCCAAGUUGUGAUUCGAAUUCUGUGAUAUUUUUAUAACGGUUAGAUGUUACCACUACUUUAAUUACUGUUAUAAAUACCUUUAUAAUGUGGAAGACUCAUUGCUUAACUCUAAGACUUUUGAAUUUUCACUUUUUAAAAGGAUACAUAAAACUUUACCCUUUACAAUAAAUUUUAAUUCAAUAUGUAAAGG